CAGAGCGGCUCGGCCCGACCCGGCCCGCCCCCCGCGGGCAGCGCUGCCCAGGUCGCGCCCCCCCUGGUGGCCCCACCGCCAGCGGCGCUCCGGGGGGACCGGACGCCUCAGCGGGGAGCGCUCAGCAGACACCAGCGUGGCUCCUAUGAAGAAAAUCCAUCAGUGAUGAGCCACAGGACAAGUCUCACAUGAGGGUCCUUGAUACCAGCCUCUGUAGCUGAUGGGUGAGGACGACACCUUGGUGACAGGAGCUACCAAGAGCUGUCAGGAUGAAUUACAGUUCACCCUCUGUGCAUGACUUGUAUCACAGCACCACGGCCAAGCCAGACCCCGGGACAACUCCAGAUGUGACUGUACCAGAAACAGCUACCAUAAGCCCUGAGACUACCAGUUUCAACAGCACCAAAAUCCCAGAUGUGGCCAGCACUGGACCUGGCAUGAGCACAAUGCUGCUGUCUUUUGGAAUCAUUACUGUGAUUGGGUUGGCUGUAGCUAUGGUUCUGUACAUCAGGAAGAGAAAGAGGUUGGAGAAGCUACGGCACCAGCUCAUGCCCAUGUACAACUUUGAUCCCACCGAGGAACAGGAUGAGCUGGAGCAGGAGCUGCUGGAACAUGGGCGAGAUGCAGCAUCUUCCCAGGCAGCGCAGAGCAAGCCUUUCUGACAGACAGAGCUGUCAGGGAUGGGUGGAACAGAUUCUGCUGACAAGUCAAGGAGCCCUCCAGAGACCCAGCCGUCUUGUGUUCACAGACGUUGCCAAUGCCAUCAAUGCAUGAACAAUGCCUGCCCCUGCUCUGGGAUCGUGCUGAGACUGGGGAGGUUGAAGCCAACAAACCAAUGACUACCUGCAAGCAUGGCUGAUCCACUGAGCCCAGCUGGUCACCCCCUUGGUUUGCGUUACAAAUGGGCACAAGCACUGGGAACUGUCUCCUUGUUGGGAAGCAAACCCUUCAUGAGGGCAUUGGUGAUUUUUUGGUGUGUCUGUUCCCACUAAAAGGUCCUGAGCUCCAGGGUCUGGGCUGGUACUGAUUCAUGCCAUCUAGCAAGCUGUGUGCUUAGGAACAGUUGUUGAUUAACUUGUCCGAGCACACGUACCUGCUCUCGGGGUAAGGGAAGGAGGAGAGGUGCAUGCUUCAGAGAACUUCCCCCUCGGCUUUGUGCCACCAGACUCCAAGGAAAGCCAUGAACAAAGCUCUCUGUGCAGUGAUUACAGCUUUGGUAGAUGUUAGAGGGGUGCCUGGUGGCAAAGCCCAUUUGAGCAAGGAGAGCUGACUCUCCUGGUGGAGUGGUAAUCUAGGGCAUGCCAGGUAAAACAUAUACCAUGGUCUUACACCCCUUGUGGCUGAUGGGCUGCUGAUAAAGGUAUGCCUAGGGUGAUGUUAAAGCAUGGGGAAUUCAUUAGCUUUAAAAAGUGAAACGGUGACCAGUUGGAUGGUUGCAUCUUAACUGAGGAAGUGGUUGAAUAUCCCAAAUUAGGGCUGCCAUAUAGACAGGGGGCAAUUCACACAGCAAGAGGCAGGAGGUGCCAAUGUCUGGCUAUGCAACUCCGUGCUGCUGAGAUAGAAAUAAUGGUACUUGGGCCACAGAGAGGAGUGGGAUUCCAGUGUCAUGUAUCCCCUUCCUGCCUUAGCUCAGGGAAUGGUAGAGCAUUAUCCAGAAAAAAAGAUCAAGUCUUGAAGUAUUUUCUCUUAAAUAAGAAAACACACACAUUGGCUCAGCGUUACCAGGUCUGCCCCCAGAGAUGACUGAACUGCUGGUUCUUAUUUCCUUACCAGCCAGGACCUGCAGUCAGCCUUCUCUUCUUCCUGCCGAAGACAACAGAGAGCUUUGUGUUAGCCUCUGCUCACAUUACCUGCUAGUGCAGAAGAUGGGACUAGACAGGUAGGCCAGGAGCUUCCCUGGAAUGCUGAAGCAUCUCUCUGCCUGUGCAUCCUUUAGGGCUGCAGGACGGAGAGAGUACACAGGGGUUUCUGGCCAACUUGGCACACUGGAGAGCAGCAUGGGGGUUGUCCCCUGCAGAGCCCUGUGGUGGCCACCAGCCCGGAGCACUGUAGGUCAGCACAGUGGCCAGGGACAAACAGCAGUGCCCAGUUAUGCACUGAUCACCUCCUGUUUUUGCAGUACAUGCAUCUGUCAGAUUGUAUUCCAUCCACAGCACCAGCCAAAAGGGAACUGGGGCAAGCAACUGGUCCAAGUGCAGAUGCAAAUGUAGGCUUUCUGCAGGAAGAGGUUUUACUGAGUGGCAGUUCAGGUAUCAUGCUGUGUCACAAGUUUGGACCUGCCAAUUAGUUUGUAUUCUCCCAAAUAGUUUUUUCCUUCCCUGA